AUGACGCACUUCGACUCCAUAAUCGCUUCCGUAGAAUCGUCCCAGAACCCACUCUCUGGUCUGUGGAAGCCGACACACCUCCGGCGGCUGUACUAUGGCCCGAAUAGCGUGAAGGAGCACCUGCUUGACUGCCUUCCUACCGAAACAUCCAAAGCCUUCAUCCUCACCGGUAACUCGCUGGCCACCAAGACUGGCUUGAUCAAGCAGGUGGAAGAGCAGCUCGGGCCAAGGCAUGCAAGCACAUUCAGCAAGAUCGGACAGCAUGCGCCGGUAAAACAGCUGGACGAAGCCACAGAGCUCGUGCUCAAAGAUGAGAGCAUUGACACUAUCAUUAGCGUUGGAGGCGGAUCACCUAUCGAUUCAGCCAAAGCCAUCAGCUAUCGUCUGAAUGAGAAGAAGAAGGGGAGGUGGUUGUACCACAUCACGAUGCCUACAACUCUUAGUGCUGCCGAGUGCACAUUGGGCGCAGGCUACACCAACGAAGAUGGCAUGAAGACGGGAGUCGCUCACCCCGAGCUCGCACCUCAUGUCGUCAUCUACGACAGCAAGUUUGCGCUCGAGACACCACCUUGGCUGUGGAUGAGCACCGGAAUGCGGUCGAUGGACCACGCCAUGGAGUUGAUGUACCACCCCACAUCGACGGAAAUGCCAUGCCGCCAGCUGGCGCUCUCGGCUGCAGCAGGUCUAUUCGAGAAUCUGCCCAAGUACAAGCAGAACCCCAAGGACGAGCAGAUCAUCACCAAGCUCCAGCUGGCGGCUUUCGCUUCACUCGGCUUUCUCGCAUUGAACAUAAAAGGAGCCCUAGGUCUGUCUCACGCCCUUGGCUACGCUCUCGGCUCCCCCUACCAAAUCCCACACGGCAUCACAUCAUGCUUGACACUCGGCCAUGUCGUGAAGCUGAAAGCGCAAGCUUCAAACGACGAUGCUGCACAGCUUGCCCGGAUGGCGCCGUUCAUUGGAAUCGCCAAGUCUGGUGAUGACAAGAAGGAUGCUGUGGCUGUUGGAGAUGCGAUCUUGAAGCUUGUCGAAGAUCUUGGCCUCAAGACGACGUUGACGGAGAAGAAUGUUGGGGAGGAUCAGGUUCAUACUAUCACGAAGCUGGCGACGAGGCAGGAGUCGGGGCCGCAGUAUGAUGCUGUUAAGCAGCUUGUUGAGAAUUUGUACUAG